AUGCUCCCGAACGCGAAGCGAGUUUUGGCAAAGCAGGCCACUGGCCUCAUGGCGCGCGCGCACGCCUACAGCUUGGGCGCACAACGGCAGCGUUUGGUAUCAACCUUGGCAGUUCUUGAGCAAAAGGAUGGUGUGCUCAACCACAGCUCUCUAAGCGCCUUUGCGGCUGCGAAGAAGCUGGGUGGAACAGUACACGGCUUCAUCGCAGGUACUGGUGUCAAGUCUGUCGCUCAAGAAAUUGCCAAGGCUGAGGGCGUUGAAAAGAUUAUCGCUGUCGAAAAUGCUGCAUACGAAAAGGGUUUGCCCGAGACUUUUGCCCCUCUUUUGGUUGAGAACAUCAAGAAGGGCGGUUAUACACAUGUUAUUGCCGGUCACACUGCGUUCGGCAAGAAUGUCAUGCCUCGAGUUGCUGCACUCCUCGAUUCCCAGCAGAUCUCCGAUAUCACAGCUAUUGAGAGCGAGAAUGUUUUCGUCCGACCGAUCUAUGCUGGAAACGCAAUCGCCACAGUUGAGUCAUCAGACUCUGUUAAGAUUGUUACAAUUCGAGGAACUGCCUUUGCUUCUGUUCCACUUGAAGGAGGCUCUGCUGCCGUUGAGGAUGGCGUUGAUUCUAAGCCAGAGUCACCUACCGAGUGGGUGUCAGAGGACCUAGCCAAGUCCGACCGCCCUGAUCUCUCCACGGCUUCCCGAGUUGUGUCGGGUGGCCGUGGUCUCAAGUCCAAGGAGGACUUUGACAAGAUCAUGCUGCCUCUUGCUGACGCCCUCGGUGCCGCCGUUGGUGCGUCGCGCGCUGCCGUUGACAGUGGAUAUGCCGACAACAGUCUACAGGUGGGUCAAACAGGCAAGGUGAUUGCUCCUGAGCUAUACAUGGCCGUAGGUAUUUCGGGCGCUAUCCAACAUCUUGCGGGUAUGAAGGACAGCAAGGUCAUCGCCGCCAUUAACAAGGACGCCGAUGCCCCCAUUUUCCAAGUUGCCGAUGUCGGUCUGGUUGGUGAUUUGUUUGAAAAGGUGCCAGAGCUCACUGAGAAGGUCAAGAGCUCAUAG